GGGCGGAGAGGGUGUGCGGCACAGCCGGGCAAUGGAUUGAAGUUUCCCAAGGGGAAAGCCUGCUGCGAACAGUUACAGCAGCAAUUGCCGACCAUCGUGCCCACCACCAGCGGCCAAGCAUGCCUGGGGCACUCUACUGUGGUGUCUUCUGCCUCGGCCUCUGCCUCCUGGAGAGUUCAGCCUUCAAUUUAGAUGUGGCUGAAACCGUCCUCAAGUACGGAGACAACGGCAGCUUUUUUGGCUUUUCGGUGGCUUUGCACCAGCAGCUCCAGCCGCAGCCUGUCAGCUGGCUGUUGGUGGGAGCGCCACAGGCGGCUGCAUUGCCGGGUCAAAGGGCCAACAGGACUGGCGGGUUGUACGCCUGCCCCCUGACCCAUGAGAUAAAUGACUGCAAGCGCGUGUCCAUCGACGAGGGGGUUGACCUGAAGAAGGAGAGCAAGGAGAACCAGUGGCUGGGCGUCAGCGUCAAGAGCCAGGGCCCCGGCGGCAAGAUCGUGACUUGCGCCCACUUGUAUGAAGCACGUAACCGGGUGAAUGAAUCUCUGGAGACGAGGGAUGUCAUCGGCCGGUGCUACGUACUCAGCGAGGGACUGAAGGUGUCUGAUGAAUUGGAUGGUGGCGAGUGGAAAUUCUGCGAAGGGCGGCCGCAGGGCCACGAUCGCUUCGGUUUCUGUCAGCAGGGGGUGGCAACUGGCUUCACUGCAGACAGGCACUAUAUCCUCUUUGGGGCGCCCGGCACCUACAACUGGAAAGGAACCUUACGGGCAGAACUGAGUGGCUUGGAUCUGAGUCACUACGACGACGGGCCGUAUGAAGCUGGGGGAGAAAAGGACCAAGACCCCUCGCUCAUCCCCUUGCCUGCCAACAGCUACCUCGGGAUAUUGUUUGUGACAAACAUUGAUAGCUCAGACCCUGACCAGCUGGUUUAUAAAACGCCAGAGCCCAGCGAGAGGGUCCCCGGGAACGCUGGAGACGUGGCCCAGAAUAGCUACUUAGGCUUUUCCCUUGACUCUGGAGUGGGAAUCAUCAAGAAAGAUGAGUUGAGUUUUGUAACAGGGGCCCCACGGGCCAACCACACUGGGGCCGUGGUCAUCCUGCAACGAGACAACGUCAACCGGCUGGUGCCUGAGUUUAUCCUUUGGGGCGAAAAGCUCACCUCAUCCUUUGGCUAUUCCCUAGCUGUGGUGGACCUCAAUGGCGAUGGCUGGAUGGACUUGGUGGUCGGGGCGCCAAACCUCUUCGAUCGCAAGGAAGGGAUCGGAGGCGCAGUCUAUGUGUACGUCAACCAGGCCGGGGACUGGGGUAGUGUUCACCCCACCCGUCUCAAUGGCUCGUAUGACUCCAUGUUUGGUAUUACUGUGGGCGCUGUUGGUGACCUCAACCAAGAUAGCUUCCAAGAUUUUGCCGUAGGAGCCCCAUUGGAUGGUGAUGGCAAGGUCUACAUCUAUCAUGGCAGUAAUUCAGGGUUUGCCAUCAAACCUGCUCAGGUGCUGACUGGGGAGAGCGUAGGCGUCAAGAUGUUUGGCUACUCCUUUUCCGGAGGGUUGGAUAUUGAUGGCAACCUGUACCCAGACCUGCUGGUGGGCUCCCUCUCCGACACAGUCGUGCUGUACAGGACCCGGCCCGUUAUUCACAUCUCCAGAACUGUCACCGUCUCGCCACAGAACAUUGACUUGGAGAAUAUGAACUGCCGCCACCAAGUGGGCAUUUGCAUGGAUGUGAAAGUCUGCUUCAGCUACACAGCCAACCCUCCAAGCUACAGCCCUCCCAUCAUGCUUGAGUACACUUUUGAUGCCGACACCGACCGGCGGCAAUCCGGCCAAACUUCCAGAGUCACCUUCCUGGGCUGGAAGACCACAGAUCCUGAGCACCAGUACUCCGGUGUAGUGGAGCUACCAGCACAGCAUGCACGUGUCUGCGCCAGGGCUACACUGCAAGUCAAGGACAAAAUCCGUGACAAGCUGCGUCCCAUUGUUGUGGUGGUGAGCUACAACAUCAAGCAUCCCCGCACCAAGCGCCAGGCCCAAGGUGCCACUCUGGGCCCACUUCUGCCUGUGCUGAACCCCAUGCCGCCCCGCACUCAGAAAACAGAGGUGAAUUUUCUCAAGCAGGGAUGCGGCGAAGACAAGAUCUGCCAGAGCAACCUGCAGCUGAGCUACCGUUUCUGUUCUCGCAUUGAUGAUGCUACCUUCCAUCCCCUGCCCAGGGAUUCUAAUGGCUUGGACAAAUUUUCCAUGAGCGACCAAAAAGUCAUCGCCCUUGAGAUCCACGUCACCAACUACCCCUCGGACGCAGCGGAGCCACAGCGGGACGGUGACGAUGCCCACGAAGCCACGUUGCUUGUUGUCCUGCCAUCUACUUUGCUUUAUUCUGCUUUACGCCCCUAUAAUGCUACGGAGAAGGCCCCGCCCUGUAUUGUGUCUAACCAGAAUGCCUCCCUUGUGGAAUGCGAGCUUGGGAACCCCAUGAAACGUGGAGCACAGAUUCGGUUUUAUCUGGUUCUGGGCACCUCUGGCAUUACCUUAGAGACCACAGAGCUGGAAGUGCAGCUGGAGCUUAGCACGAUCUCGGAGCAGCUGGGACUGGCCCCGGUGGUAGCACGAGCCCUCGUGGUGAUGGAGCUUCCUCUCUCUAUUGCUGGCAUCGCGGAGCCCCAGCAGCUCUUCUUCAGUGGGCAGGUGCGGGGCGAGAGCGCCAUGCGGCGGGAGAGCGAGGUGGGCAGCCCCGUCAGCUACAGAGUGACGGUCUCCAACAGAGGCCAGUCCCUGAACACGCUGGGCUCUGCCUUCCUCAACGUCCUGUGGCCCCAUGAAAUCGCAAACGGGAAGUGGCUCCUCUACCCACUACGGAUGGAGCUGGAACUGUCAACUCAGCCGCAGAGACCUACAACCUGCAGCCCAGUUCCAAACACGCUACACCUAACUCUGGAGCCUCCUCAUCAACAGGGCAGGAGGAAGCGAGAGACUGAGCAGGGAGGCAGCCCCAGGCAGCCACGGACUUAUUGGGAGAGGAGAAAAAAUGUGACCUUGGACUGUGACUUGGGCACUGCUCACUGCCAGCACUUCCAGUGCCCUCUCUACAGCUUUGACCGGUCGGCUGUGCUCACCAUCUGGGGCCGCCUCUGGAACAGCACCUUCCUGGAAGAGUACUCAGCAGUGACGUCAGUGGAUGUGAUUGUGCGGGCCAGCAUCACAGUGAAGUCCACCAUCAAAAACUUGUUUCUGAAGGAUUCCACAACGCAGAUCCCAGUGACGGUCUACCUGGACCCCAGUGUGGCCGUGGCACGUGGUGUGCCCUGGUGGAUCAUCCUCAUCGCCAUUCUCGCUGGGAUCCUUGUGCUGGGCCUGCUGGUUUCCAUCCUGUGGAAGCUGGGCUUUUUCAAGCGCACUCGCUACGAAGAAGCCAAGGUACCCCAGUAUCAUGCAGUCAAGAUCCCCCGGCAGGAGCGCCAGCUUUUCCGUGAGGAGAAGACAGGCACCAUCUCCAAGAAGGACUGGAUUACCCAUUGGAACGGGGACAGCGAUGGCCACGUCCCGGCCUCAGCCUAGAGGGGGCCACUUUUCAGCCGCCUACGUCAAGACGCCGCUUGCAGGAAGCAGCCCCCAGAGGGAUGGCUUUCGGGGCCACGGCCUGCUCUCCUCUCUGGGAGAUCUGUGUGCGCUGCUGGACUGGCCCUUCCUGAGAGGGGGGUGCUCAGCAGAGGAUUCGGGGGGACGUGUGCUUUUAGCACUUACGGCAACAGAUUCUGCGAGGCCAAAGAUUCUUAGGUUUUAUCCUGGUACUCUUUUCCCCCCUUGUAAAGCUGGAUGGAACCUGACACGAGAAACUGAUCUGACGUCAGAAGGCACCUCUGCUUUGCUUGGAUCGCCUGCUUCCCCCGUUUCCUGAAGAAUCAUCCAGUGAAAAAAAAAGACUGCACUCCGCUGUCAAGUGUCGGGAGGGCGCAUCAGUCAUCACCUCUUCACUGUGAAUGUGGCAUUUAUUUGCUCUGAGAGCCACUUUUUGUGGGGAGGGACAGAACUUGGAUCCUCUGGAUUUGUUACUCAGUUUCAAGGCCCGCUAGCUUUUUGUAAUUUAUAUCCUCUCUCUAAUUACGUUUAAGGCCUGAACUUGAUGGCGGGGGGGGGGGGGAUCUCAGAAGACAUGCUUUAGUAAUGUAAGUCCUUACUACUACUGUUCAUAAAGUGUUGCCACUGUAAGAUCCUCAGUUCUUCUCCAGGGGAUUGCUACCUUCUCUUAACACACUCCUACCCUGCAUAGACACAAGCCUGUGAAGGCGAUUCUGUUCACCCCUGCCACAGUGUGGCAACUAGCCGUGGAAGGCCACGCAGGACAAGGCAACGGGCUUGAAAACCCUUGUGGGUACCCAGAAUGCAACAGGAUAUUUUCCCGGGCUUUCUACAGCCUCUUUGGUCACCACAUGGCCACACAUCCACCACACUUGGAUGUGUGGUCUCUCUCUCUCUCUCUCUCUCUCACACACACACACACACACAAAUACUUGUGUUGGGUAACCUUAGACACCUUUCUUUCUUGCCACAAGUUCUUUCAAACAUUUACAAUAUAAUGGCUUACCUCACCAUUAUAAUAUCAGGUAACCCUGAUAGCAAAAGUACUUCACAAUCUUUAUUGGAAAUGUCAUAGCUAAGGCCAAGAUGUGUUCAAGUACAAGCCCCCCGUUCUGCCCAGUGAAUCACGCCGUCCAGUGCAAGCAUGUUAAUCUGUGGGGCAAUUCUGUGUCUGUCAUUCGU